GGAGAAGUUUCACGAAGAGAAAUGGGGAUAAUGUUCAUCGUGUUUGGGUUUUUGGCUGUCUCUGUUCUGCCGUAUACAUCUGCAGAAAAUACAGAUACCAGCAUCACUGUGAUAGAAAUUGAAUGGAACGAACCCACCGUCAUAUCUUCACCCGGCUAUCCAUCCUCCUACUACGGCUCGAACCUCGACCUUACUUGGGUACUCAAGGCUCCAGAGGGUCACAUCCUUCAGAUACAUAUUCUAGAGCUGGCCCUAGAAACGAAAUACGACUACUUGUACAUUGGUUAUGGGCCUGGUCCCAAUAAACCUGGUUCUUGGGAGCUUCAGAAACUGACUGGGUAUAGCAAUUCCAGUGAACCCGCUACACCCGGUCACUCUAUGUGGGUCAGGUUCACCACAGAUGUCUCAACGGGUGAUAUUGGAUUCAGUCUUCGUGUCACAGCUAUACUAAACCCUGGAUGCAGCAGCGGUCAAGUGCAAUGUUCUAGUGGAAUGUGUAUCAACGAAUCGGCAAGUUGUGACGGAAAUAACGACUGUCUCGAUUUCUCAGAGGAGGAAUACUGUCCGUACUGCGAACAAGUUCAAUUUGAUAUAUGUAGACAGAACCUGGCCUACGAUUUGACUUUUUUCCCGAAUCGGAACGCAGAGACAGCAGACGCUGCAGCGGGAAGCUUUCCAGACAUGGCAGAUACUAUAUCAUCGUGCCAUGAUCACCUGUUCCCUAUCAUGUGCUCCGUUUACUAUCCGGAAUGCACCCAUAACGGCCCCACCCAUCGGGUUUGCUACUCCGACUGUUUGGCAGUCACUGAUGCCUGCAAGGCAUCCUUUGAGCAACUCCUCGACCGUCCAUGGCCCGUCAACUGUUCGAUGUUUACCGAUGAACAGGAGGAAGAUGGGAGCUGUUUUGGCCCUAUGGGAGAUCUUUUCGAUACCAAAAUAUGCGGGACACGCCCUGCAUACACACCAGAUCAAUACAGGGUUCUUGGUGGUACCAACGCACGCCCAGGGGAAUUCCCUUGGAUUGGUUCACUCCGCAUCGACGGAUUGAAAUUUGAAAGACGUUGGUGUGGGUCUACCCUGAUCAACUCUCAAUGGGUUAUUACCGCAGCUCACUGCGUUGAUUACUACGUCGAUCGUGUGGUUUUUGGGAACGCACAUUUGACGGAUGACUCCGACAACGAAGUAGCGAUUGAGGUGGCUGAUAUUUUCGUCCAUCCCGAGUACGACGUCUAUUGGCUCUACAACGACAUCGCUCUGAUACGACUUGCUGAACCGGUGACAUUUAGUGACUACGUCAGACCCGCGUGUCUGUCGGAAUCCUCGGAUGAACUCAAUGACUAUCGUCGCUGUCUCGUCGCUGGAUGGGCAACUAUACUGGAAGGCUCACCGUUGACAGAGAGCUUGAAAAAAGUAGUGGUGACCCUUCCUAACCAAGGCGGGUGCAAUUCUUCGUACCAGGAGACUCUGACAGAAGAAAUGAUAUGUGCUGAACUAGACCCAGGUGGAAUUGAUACUUGUCAGGGAGACAGCGGUGGGCCUUUGACCUGUGAGGGUGAUGAUGGUCGAUGGCAUCUGGUCGGACUAACAAGCUUUGGAGGAGGAUGCGCUGAAGAACGCUUGCCCGGCGUCUACACCAGAAUCUCAAAGUUCCAGUCAUUUAUUACAGCUGUGGUUUCAGGAGCAAUAACACCGGGUGUUACUGAAAUUACCCUUGAGCGUGCCGUCUCAGUGACCAUCACUUCUCCAAACUACCCUUCCAACUACAACAUCGGCGAUAACAUCGUCUGGAAGGUAUCGGCCCCUGUUGGACACAGCGUCAGGCUGGACAUCGUCCACAUCGCUACCAAAUUUAACGCCGACAUCUUGUUGGUGGGCGAUGGACUGACGCCCCUGAGUUACACAGAGCUUGCGAAGCUGACUGGCUAUGGGUUAAAUUCAACUGUGACGUCACAUGACCGCCAUAUGUGGCUCAAAUUCAAGAGUGACCCCUUUAACACUGACGUUGGAUUCAUGGCAACACUGAACGCUGUGGAUCCGAGAGAUGAUAAUCCUCUAAUCUUAGUGAAGGAGUCUACGGUCCAACAGCUCCACUCUCCAGACUUUUCUCUUGGUGCAAGCGACAGCGUGCACGAGAUUUGGCGGAUAAUGGCUCCUCAGGAUCACAGUGUGAGGGCGCGUUUCGACUUCUUUAACCUCGCCGACGGUUCUUUGCUUGCCGUGGGCUACGGCUCGAGUCCUUUAAGAUCCACAACCCUAGUGGAGUUGACUGGAAGUGAAUUGCCGGAAGAUAUUACCUCCCCCACUCGAGAAUUGUGGUUUAGAUUUGUGUCGGAUACUGGGGACUCCAGUAGAGCGAUCGGUUCGCUUAUUGGAAGUGGAUUCUUGGUGAAUCUAACAGCAGAAAGGACUGAAGAAUGUAACCCUUGCCAGAAUGGAGGAACAUGGUCAGGCAUCCAUGGAAGUUUCCAGUGCUUCUGUCCCGAAGGCUUCAAGGGGGAUUACUGUCAAACAGGUUAGGACAAGACAAAUGGACUCGAUACCCUCAAGACAUAGCACCAAGAAGAGAUAGCUAGACGAGAAUAUAAUCAUUCAGUAAGGCAGUGGUGUAGCGGGGGCCUCUGGCAUUACUGGGAUGGGCAGUAAUUUUAUUAGAUGGAUGUAAGUAUAAAUUGUCGAGGCUACCUACGGGGGGAACGAGGCAGGAUACUUUAUUUACUUCUUUUCACUUUUCCUUUCCCUUUCUCCCUUUCCUUUUUUUUUUUUGGUAUACAUCGUGCCCCUUGCAUCUACUUCAUAGGAGAGAUUGGUUCUUCAAAGUCAUGAAAAAAGAUAUUUAAUACGGGAAACGGGAUACAUGUGUAUAUUAAAUCUCUCUAUUUUGAAUAUUUACCACGUGACAAUGUGGCAGAUCUCUAAUUGGCUAAAAAUACUGAACCAUAACUUCAAUGAUAAUUUUUUUUCACGCUGUUUUUUAUAAUUGACAUUGAAUAGAACAUAUCAAACUAGUUUACCAAAUUCACAUGAGCUACAAUGAUGAAACUUGGUCAGGAUUUUUUAUUCAACACUGACGUUCAUACAAUAUAUUGCUUUUUCUAUUACGGUAAUGGGGUUUGGUCCUCUCAACAAUAUGUCAAAACAUCUGGAAUUUAAUAGAAAAUAUACGAGAUAAUACCAACAUUUUCUAUGUUUUUUUUUAAACAUAUCUUUUACAAGGUAUAUGUGCAUUAUUAUAGAUGAAAUAAAUCAAAUGAAAUAAUGAUGUAUUCCGGGGCCUACUAAACGCCCCUGUACUUUUUUGUAGCUCUGCUGGCUUCCAAAUACGUCGAAUUCCCCUAUACUUUUUGUUUGUAUUCUCUUAUAUAAAAAUUGUAUCUUAAAUGUUUCAUAUUUGUGGUGAUAGAGAAAUAUUUAUAACAUAUAUAAAAAAAAAUAGUAUCACUUUAUGUAGUCUAAUACAUUCGUCCUGCACUCGUUGUUUUGUUUUUAUGUUAAAGUCAGGUGAUGUUCAUCAAUACUGGGAAAAUUUGAUUUUUAUAACUUAUUUAUAGAGAGUAAUCUGAAAUACGAGUGUGGUGAAUGUACACUUCCUCCUUUUACAAUUUGAAUGUAUAUGGUUCAUGGUUCAUGUCCUUGACUUUGAAUCGGGAGGUUGAGGGUUCGAAUCUUUGCCGGAUGCGUACAAUGGCAUUUGACUAGGCAUUUGAUCAAUACUUGCCUCUCUCGACGUUACUAUGAACAUGGUACAUGUACGAGGAAAACGAUUACAUGUCGUUUUUGCGUUGUUUUUUUUAAACAAAGGCUCAUAUUCACAAGUAUGUCGAUGACACAUGAAUGUGUUAUCAAGCUUUAUUUUUUUGUGUACUGUUGCAUAUUUAACUAUACUCUCGAUCUAUUUUUCGUUAUUUCUUGACUUUGACAUAACCCCCUUGAUCCCUUUUCUUUUUGUUCUUCUUCUUUCCCCUCUGUACAUAUACAAAAUAUUCCUACUUGACCUCUGCACUCAGAGAGCAAUAACUCAUUGAUGUCUCGAUUUGGUGUCAGCUUGGGUUUGUCCAUAUUAGAUCACCCUCCCGUGGGAGGGUUGAUUUUUGCUCAUAUGAUACAUAUUUUCACACAUACGGUGAGUUUGUUAGCUCACCCGGUGUGAUGGGGAUGUGCGCAUCUUCGGGUAUACUUGUUGUAGUCAUCCAUGCUGUGGUCGAUGCAUCGUUGGGUAGUUGUUCUCUGAGAGUAU